AAGGAAAAAAAAAAGAGAGUGAACAUAAAGGAAGCUCUGAGCUCCACAUAUUAACUUCCAAUGGCAACAAUACUCUCUCGCUCAUCACUCUAUCCCUUCCAUUCUCUCUCUUCUUCAACAACAAUUUGUUCAUCCUUAUGCCCUUUUACUUGCUGUCCUUCUUUUCCAACAAAGCUUGAAUUCCCAGUCUUGUCAACAUCAUGUUUUUCCCAAUUUCACCAAUUUUUCCCUUUCCCCACAAAUCAUCAUCAUCCCAUUUUGCUCUUUGUUGGUUUUGAUUCUCCCCCUUUGGAUACUCAAACUUUUCUUGCCACUAUCAGUGUUUUAACUGCCAUUGCUCUCUCCCUCUUUCUUGGCCUCAAGGGAGAUCCAGUUCCUUGUGAUAGGUGUGCUGGGAAUGGUGGGACAAAGUGCGUGUUUUGCAACGAUGGUAAGAUGAAGAAAGAAACAGGAUUAGUAGACUGCAAAGUUUGCAAGGGUGCAGGAUUAAUACUCUGCAAGAAAUGUGCUGGUUCUGGAUACUCAAAAAGGCUAUAACAUAUACUACUUGUACUCUUUUUUCCUCUAGCUAUUGACUUGUGUUCUGAGGCUAAAUCACACAUACAAGCUCACAUAUGAGGCUAUCUCAUUUUGGUUAAAUUAUAUAUUUUUCUUGAAAAAAGAAGGGUUACUAGUACUUUUAAUCCCUCGAUUAUUGGUAGAUUAUAUCUGUCUAAGCACAUUUAACCUUUAGUCAAUUGAAUGUUAUAGCUCAUUACAAUAUGAUGUAUUUUGUCAAAUAGCAUUUGUCUUCACACAAACUUUACAAGUAAUUGUUUUGCCAAUUGA